UCCGCUUUGACCGGAAGCCCUGAGUGUGGCGUCGGGAAUGGCUGCUCACAUUCGCGGCGCUAGCCGAGGCUUUGAAUGAGGGAGAAACGCGGCGUUGUUUGCUCCGAUUCUCCAAACCAUCGAUCGGCAGCUGCGGGGAGCGCAUGAGGAGGACUCGGCAGACUCGGUGUGAUUUACAAGCCGGUGCCGACCGAGCGGGUUGAUGAAUGAAGCCGUAAAGCGGGAGAGGGAAGCUGGGCAGCUAAGUGCUAAGUGCUAAGUGCUAGCUAACGCUAACAGCCUCGGGAUCGUCAGCUCAGCCUGUUUGUUUUCGGUUUUUGUUUACGGGUUUUUUGGGUUUAUUUGUUUGUUUACACGUCUACAGCCGUUCCUCUGUGACUGUAUGUGCGCCGAGCUGCUCGGUUUGGUGUUGUAAACUCGUAAGUCAAAGCUAGUCGUUAGUCGCGAGCGCCGCAGCCUCGCUGGCUUGUUUAUUUGUCUGUCCGUCCGCCUGAGCGUGUAACCGAGCUGCCCGGUCCCGUUAGCGGAUCUCCGCGGCCCCGAUGCCCGAGCGCGGCCCCAGAAUGAGCGGCUUCUCUAUCGGCGAGCUGUGUUGGCUCUUCUGCUGCCCGCCGUGUCCGAGCCGCAUCGCGGCCAAGCUCGCCUUCCUGCCGCCCGAGCCCACCUAUUCGGUGCGCGCGGCCGCGGACGGCUCGUGCAGCCUGCACCUCACCGAGCGCGCGGACUGGCAGUACACGCAGCGCGAGCUGGACGCCGUGGAGGUGUUCAGCACGCGCACCAGCCGUGGGAACCGCGUGGGCUGCAUGUUCGUGCGCUGCGCGCCGGGCAGCCGGUACACGGUGCUGUUCUCUCACGGAAACGCCGUGGACCUCGGCCAGAUGUGCAGCUUCUACAUCGGCCUGGGGUCGCGCAUCAACUGCAACGUCUUCUCCUACGACUACUCGGGCUACGGGGUCAGCACCGGGAAGCCCAGCGAGAAGAACCUGUACGCGGACAUCGAGGCGGCCUGGCAGGUCCUCAGGACGAAGUACGGCAUGACUCCAGAGAAUAUUAUCCUGUAUGGGCAGAGCAUUGGUACGGUGCCCACAGUGGACCUGGCCGCCCGGUAUGAGUGUGCAGCGGUCAUCCUGCACUCUCCCCUCAUGUCCGGCCUGCGCGUGGCCUUCCCUGACACCCGCAAGACCUACUGCUUCGACGCCUUCCCCAGCAUCGACAAAGUCUCGAAGGUGGCCUCCCCAGUUCUGGUCAUUCACGGCACGGAGGACGAGGUCAUCGAUUUCUCCCACGGUUUGGCCAUCUACGAGCGCUGCCCACGCGCCGUGGAACCGCUGUGGGUGGAGGGCGCCGGGCACAACGACAUCGAGCUGUACGCUCAGUAUCUGGAGAGACUGAAGCAGUUCAUCUCCUUUGAGCUGGCUACCUCCUGAGCUGCACCAUCGAGAUCAAGGCACAUGUUCUGAUGAGCUCCUUUCUAACCAGGGCUGAGGAGCACCAUCAAGUAUUUGCACUUGCUGAGACAAAACCAUCUGAACUCUUCUUCUCUUCAAGGCUCUGUGGUGGUAUUAUUAAAGAACGGGGCCUUUCCAUCUCUACAGGGGGGAGAAUGUUUUACAGUUUUGCUGAUUUUGAUUAACCUUGUAUUCUUUUCUACCUGAUGAAGAAAAUUAAGUUUUUUGCACCACAGACUUUAUGUAUUUUUUGUGUUUUGAAUUGUUUAGCUGAGUUUUUUUUUUUUUUUUUCCCCUCCUAAAGUUUUUUUUUUUUUUUUUUGUAAAUACCCAACCUUGUUGGGUAAAUUAAUGGAUGCACUUUUAUCGUGCGGAUAUUUUCAGGUGAACACUGCUUUUAUUUUUAUGCUCUGAUGAUUUACAUUUUUUUCGUGGCAUUCCAUUUAAUUCUCUUCGGCUGAGAACGCUCUGAGUUUUUACAAGGCCAGUCUGUGUGUGCAGUUGUAUGUCUUUGUUCGUCUGGUGAAAGAAUACUGCCCAGGGAAAAUACUGCUCAGUCGCAACUGAACUGGAAAAACCUGCCUUAUUGAAGGAGAUCCACUAUGAACUGUGCAGGCUUUCUGGUUCGCAGUCUGUCUGGCUCUGGAGCACGGUGCUUUGUGUUACAUCAAUCAGGGCAUUGUUUCUGCAUAGACACUACACUACACCACAUUGGUUUCUUAAAUAGGGUAUUAAAAAUGUGAAAUUUUACGCUCUUUCUUUGUUUUAGCUCCAACACUAUAUAGUAAGCCUUACGCCCUCAAUACGUUUUGCUCCACCUUUUCGGUUCUCUCGGGGUUAAUGCUAGCUGCUACUCUUCGGAUGAGGAACUCAAACUCAGUUAUUUCUCGGGCGUGGGCUUUUCUUGGGGGUUAAUGCUAGCUGCUACUCUUUUUAAAUGAGAAAUAAUCACUGUGAAACUGAACUUUGGCAAAACAACAGUAGGGUACAAAGUGAAUCACUGGUCGCAUUGAGCCAUUUCUCCAACCUUUUGCAGCUCCUUCUCCAUUCCAGACAUCUACUCCACCGCAAAGGACACGAACCCCCUGAAAACAAAGGCAAAAUAGCUAGAUGAAGAACAGUGAGGAUGCUUGGAGGGUUUACUUUUCAUUUGUAGUAAGAAAGCUGCUCUGCAAAUGUUAAUGUAUUCAGACGUUUCAGGGGUAGCACUAGAUGUUAGAAGGCUAGGACAUGUUUUGACUUCCUGCGUGGUAACAAAGGAGCUCCAUUGUUUAAUUGGAGCGCCUGCGAUUACCGUGUGACUGUCAGCGUGAUGAAGCAACUUUUGGACUGUUGACAGCGUUUUUGGGCAGGUGGGGUGAAUUUUUCUGGGUUUGAAUCUGUGUAUUGCUGUAAGGUGAAGCAGUGGCGGUUUGUGUGUGUGUGUGUGCGUAAACAGGAUGUCGUCUUGUUUUUUCAUGUCAUCGUUAAGGGUCCUGAGGGGGUCGAAGACCCUUCUUUCAACCUCCUUGGUCUUUUUGAUCGAGACUCUUUUUAAAGAACGACUGAACACACCCCUAAUUGAGCCCCGUCAUUGUUUUUGAUACUGACGUUUUUACGAUGUUUUUUCCAGUACUUAUUAAUAUUAUCUUUACACCUCUUUUACUGCUGGUUUGUAAGAUAAUCUGUACUGUACACACCUAUCUCCUCUCUAUAGAUAUGUAAACCAGGAAAUAAAUGGUAUUUAGCCUUUUUAAUAAGUUUGACACUGGAAUCACUGAAUGCAAGUAUAAUACAGAAAAAAAGAAAAAAACUAGUUGGUACAAACAUUGCUAGUGUAAUUUUUUUUCCCUCAGAUUAAAUAAUAAAGCCUUAAAUGUGCCGUGAGACAGAUUAUUACUCUCUUUAUGUUGGCUGUUGCUUCAGGGCAACACACUGGAUGUUGUAUUGCUAUGUAAAAGAAUAAAGGAUGCAUGGAAUCUUAAAA